ACUGAAUACAUUAAAGAUGCCGUUCAAGAUGUCAUAAAAAGUUGAAUCGCAAAUCUAGAAGCGUUUCAGUUGAUUUGAUUGGAAUAGAUGACCAAAAAGAAACGAUUUUGAGACUUAUUGAGCAAGAAAAAAAUCGUGUAAUAGGACUUUGAGGGAUGGAUGGUAUAGGCAAAACUACCCUUGUUGAUGCUGUUUACAAUGAAAUCUCCUUAGAGUUUGAGAGUCGUUGCUUCGUUCAUAAUGUUACAAGGCAAAUAGAAGAUAAAGUGAUGCUUUCAGUAAGAAAUGAACUUCUCUCCAAACUACUAGGGAACGAAACUGAUAUAGACACCCCCACCAUAGGAUGCCCUGUAACCCAAGAGAGGCUCGAUAACAUAAAAUCAAUUGUCGUGCUUGAUAAUGUUAAUGACCCAGAGCAUAUAGAUCUUAUGGGUAUGAAAUAUUUUGGAGAGGGAAGUAAAAUUAUUAUUACGUCCAGUGAUAGACAAGUGCUUAAGAAUGGGGGAGCUGACGAAAUAUAUAAGGUGAAAAAAGCUAAAUGACAAGGACUCUCUUCAAUUAUUUUCUAGAUUUGCAUUUAAGCAGUCGAAUUCUCCUCCUGCUGGUUUUCCAUAUUGGAACAAGAUUUCGCGGUGUGCCAGAGGAAAUCCAUAUGUUCUUAAAGUUUUGGGUUCUAAACUUCAUACAAUUCCUGAAAAAGAGUGGGGAGGAGAGGUGGAUAAGCUAAGGAAAUAUCCCCAUUCAAAAAUUUUACAGGUUACGAUGAGUAGUUUUGAUGAUUUAGAUGAAAUAGAGAAGAAUAUAUUUCUUGAUAUAUCAUGCUUCUUUAAAGGGGAAGUCAAAGAAGAAGAAGAAGAAAUUCUAAGUUGCUUGUACGAGGGUACAGUGUCUGGAAUAAACACCUUGCUCAACAAGUGCCUACUUGAUAUCGAUUCUUAUAGGAGGAUUUCUAUGCAUGAUAUGCUUGAAGAGAUGGGUAAGGACAUUGUCCACCAAGAAUCUAAAGACCCGGAAAAGCGAAGUAGGUUAUGGGAUUUCAAAGAAGUGAAUCAAGUGCACAGAUAUAAUAAAGAGAAUACAUCAAUUGAAGGAAUAAAGUUUCGGAUGACUCGGUAUGACCCACUGUUAUCAUGUCGUCACGGUUUUGAAAACAUGCUUAAUCUUAGAUACAUCGACUUGUCUACUGGGUGUUUGAUGUUCCAGAAUGAUAAGGUACUUGCACACAAAGUUGAUAGUCUAUCUUUUCCUGAUGAGCUAAGAUAUCUUUAUUGGAGCGGUUACCCCUUCAAAUCCUUGUCACCAAAUUAUAAUCCAAAGAAUCUUGCCGUAUUGAAAUUACGUUUUGGAUGUAUGGAACAACUUUGGAAUGGAGAUCAUCAGGAUCUUGUUAAUUUAAGGAUAAUUGACCUUUCCGAUUGUGUGAAACUAAGGAAGAUCCCUAAUCUAUCAGGAGCCAUCAACCUUAAUAGCUUUUUCUGCCGUAUGUGUGGAAGUUUGGUUGGACUACCUUGCCUCAGUCAUUUGCCAUCUCUCGAAAUCCUUGACCUUUCUGAUUGCAUGAAUUUAAGAAAGAUCCCAAAUUUAUUAGAAGUCAUCAACUUAAAAAGCCUUAACAUAAGCUCCUGUCUAGAGCUGGUUGAACCUCUUGAGCUCCCAAAUAACAUUACCGAGUUAAAUUUAUCACACACUGUAAUAAAAGAAUGGCUGAUUCUAUUCAGCAUCUUGUCACACUUAGAGAGUUGAAUUUGAGUCACUCAUGGGUGAAAAAUGUAUCGAACAAUAUUUCAAAGUUCGAAUCCCUUCGUGUGUUGGUUCUUGAUUAUUGCGAAAGCCUUAAGACACUCCCGGAGCUUCCACGAUAUUUGUGGUUCUUGGAUGCUAGUAACUGCACGUCAUUAGAAAAAGUGUCCUUCACCGAUGUUAGUUUCAAUCCAUUCCAUUCUUUACAUGACGGUGAUGGUGCUCCUCUCAGAGAAAACAUUUUCAUGCUUUUCUCGAACUGUGUAGAAGCUUAAUCAAGAUUCAAUAAAAAACAUUGUGGCAAACACCAUGCUUCAAAUUCAUUCCCUGGCACAGAGAUGGUCAAGGAGGAAAGGGAUAUCCCUAGGGGAAUAUAGAUGGGAUUUUUUGUUUUGCUGUUUCCCAGGAAAUGAAGUUCCAGAAAAUGUGUUUUAUUACGGAAGCAUGAAUUAUUCGUUCGAUUUGAAGAUAACCCUAAAUGGGUUUAAACUGACCAGCACCAGUGGUGAAAAGUUCACGAGUGAGUGCCAUGUUUCAUUGACACAGGACAAGAUCUUCCGUUACAAGACUGAUUGUAAUCCAUGGCUCAGGAAUUUCAAUUUCAUGGGUGAUCAUGUGUUCAUUCUGUUCAAUCAAGAUAUGAUUAUAAUAGACAAUGAUUAUGAGGAGGCAUCAUUUGAAUUGUACAUCGGAAAUCUUGCCGGAGAUGAAUUUAAAGUGGAGAAAUGUGGUGUUAACAUAUUUUACAUGGAUGCAGAGGAGUAUACCAUUAGUGAUGUGAUGUGAUGAGAUGGGACAAAUCCAACCAGAAUUCUGAUUCUCAAGAAGAUGCUAAUAUUGAGGGAGCUCCUGACGGUUCUGCUACUGAAAUAAGACCUGGGGAUGAAAGAAGAUUUGGCAAUGGUGGUGAAGAAGGUGAUGGAGGGCCUAAAGCAUUGAAAUAGUUUCACUUCUUUUAAUCUUUGGGUAUGCAACUUCUCAUUCCAAAUACGUAGAUGGAGGCUAUUUUCAAGGGCAUCAUUUGACGGUUUACAUUGUCAUGUUAGAUUGGUUGUUUUUACUCUCUACAUACGAUUUCGACGUCUCCUUUACCAAUUCACUUCGUCUUCUUUUUCUGUCACUGCUGCUGCUGCCGCUACGUGUGAUUCGUCGAUUGCUUCCUCUACUGCCACUGCAUAUGACGUCGUUGAUCCAAAAUUACUGCAUGUAUCCGAUCUCAAAUUUGACUCCAUGACAACGGAGCUCGUCGUCGACUAUCAUGUCUUUCCAUUUGUCGUUGUUGUUUGUACCGCAGUUGUUUGUACAAAAGUACAACAUUUGUGCCAAUUCCGGGGAAUAAGAAAAUAUUUCUUGACAUAGCAUUCUUCUCUAAAGAGGAACUCAGGGAAGAUGUAGAUGAAAUUCUAAGUUGCUUUUAUAAGGGUGUAGUGAGUGGAAUAAGCAACUUGAUCGACAAGACUCUACUUCAUAUGGGUUCUAAUAGGCAGAUUUCUAUGUAUGAAGAGAUGGGCAAGGAUCUUGUUCGC